AUGACCGAGCAGCGGGCGCCGGGCCCACUCUAUUUCCCCCAGUUCCACGACGGCACCGAGCCCGUCCGGCCCCUAGUCGCCGGCGGGGAAAUGCAGACCUCUUUCGCGGCCAUGGGAGGCCAGCGACAGCCCCCGCCGGCCGCAACUGCGACGCCCCGCUGGGCCGCGGCACCGGCGCCCAUCGCCUACGAGCCGCUGCGGUUCUUCUGCCCGGCGCCGACUGCGGAGGAGGGCAGGGGCGGGUCCGCGACGCGGCGGUCCGGAGAGCAGGAGCGGCUGGAGGAUGAGAUCACCGAGCUGGGCAUCCGCCUCAAGGAGCUGGAUCUGCUGGCCCUCGUCGGCGAGGGCUUCGACGACCAGCAGUAUAAACUUCUGAAGGCAUGGAGAGAAGAAAAGAUAGAACGCAUAAAAGCAAAGCAGAAGCUGAAGAAACAGCCUCCACCGCGAUGA